AUGGAGCUGCGCGUUGGUAACAAGUACCGGCUCGGCCGGAAGAUCGGUUCCGGUUCGUUUGGCGAUAUCUACCUGGGCACGAACAUCUCCACCGGCGAGGAAGUCGCCAUCAAGCUGGAAUGCAUCAAGACGAAACACCCGCAGCUGCACAUCGAGAGUAAGUUCUACAAAAUGCUCCAGGGCGCGGUCGGCAUCCCGACGAUUAAGUGGUGCGGCUCUGAGGGCGACUACAACGUGAUGGUGAUGGAGCUGCUCGGUCCGUCGCUCGAGGACCUGUUCAACUUUUGCUCGCGCCGCUUCACGGUCAAGACGGUGCUGCUACUGGCCGAUCAGAUGAUCUCGCGCAUCGAUUUCAUACACUCGCGCAGCUUCAUCCACCGCGACAUCAAGCCGGACAACUUCCUGAUGGGGCUCGGCAAGAAGGGCAACCUGGUGUACAUCAUCGAUUUCGGGCUGGCGAAGAAGUACAAGGACUCGCGCAGCAUGUCGCACAUACCGUACCGAGAAAACAAAAAUCUCACCGGCACCGCGCGGUACGCGUCGAUCAACACACACCUGGGUAUUGAACAGUCCCGCCGGGACGAUCUGGAAUCGCUCGGGUACGUGCUGAUGUACUUUAACCUCGGCACGCUGCCGUGGCAGGGACUAAAGGCGGCCAACAAGCGCCAGAAGUACGAGCGGAUCUCGGAGAAGAAGCUGUCCACACCGGUCGAGGAGCUGUGCAAAGGAUUCCCGCGAGAGUUCAGUCUAUACCUCGCCUACUGCCGUCACAUGGACUUCAUCCAGCGGCCGGAUUACUGCUACCUGCGCAAGCUGUUCCGCACGCUGUUCCAUCGCCAAGGCUUCGUGUACGAUUACGUCUUUGACUGGAACAUGCUCAAGUUCGGACGUCCGAAUUUGAACGCGUUCACGAGCAUGAAGCGUGGCCAGAGCCGAACGCCAAGCGCUACCCAGAACGAGCAACAGCAGCAACAGCAACAACAGCAACAGCAGCAACAACAGCAGCAAAAGCAAAUCACCAACUCGGCCUCGGUGACGACACCGUCAAAAGGUGCCGGCGGAGGUGGUGGUGGUGGCGCCGGUGGCGUUGUCGUUUCAAGCGGUGUCAAUAAUUCCACCAACGCGAACAACAGCAGUGGCGUCAGCGGAGCAACACCCAUCGUUAGCAGCCACACGAACUCCGGUGUGGUCAUCACCAGUGCGUCGGUAGUUGCUGCCGCGGCCGCUGCCGUCGGUGAUAAGAACAACGAGAUGUCUCCGCAAACGCGCCACCUGUUGCAGCAAUUCAUCCGUGCCGAACUUCAGAAGGGACAACCGCCAGGAGCGAGUGGCAGUGUCCAGCAGCAGCAGCAACAACAGCAAGUACCGGUUGGUGGCAGCAGUGGCAUGGUGAUGGGAGGGCCGCAGGGCAUGGGUGGCCAACCGUCGGCGCAUAGUAACAGCAUCAACAACAACAGUGGUGUAGCGGGUAACGAUCCCAACGCGGAUGGGGCGGUCGUGGCUGCUUCCUUUUCCCGACACGACACACCCGAGCGCCGAUCGUCGAUCCGUCUGCGCGGGCAAAAUCUGGACGCACGAAAUGCGGAAUAA